AUGGCGUCCAUCAACAACGCAGACCCGCCCAGGAAGCCAGAUGUUGCCAGGACGAGUGAAUAUCACACAGAGGCAUUCACUCUUUCCAAUGGAUGCCCUAUCGACGACCCGUUCAACUCGGACAAGGUCGUCCAGAAAAACGGCAAUGCGCUGUACAUGUCCCAGCUUCUGCAGGAUCUCCAGCUCAUCGACCAGCUGUCCCACUUUAACCGGGAGAGAAUUCCUGAGCGUCUCGGACACGCCAAAGGCACGGGUGCCCACGGGUACUUUGAGGUCACCAACGACGAGAUAGCCAAGUACACCUGCGCCGACUUUCUGCAGAAGAAGGGCAACGACAAGGAGGCCAACAGAACGCCUCUCUUUGUCCGUUUCUCGACCACGGCGGGAUUCAGGGGAUCGGCCGAUACGGUUCGCGAUGCUCGAGGAUUCUGCUUCAAGUUGUACACCGACGAGGGUAAUCUGGACUGGGUUUUCUUCCACCCUGGCGUCUUCACCUUCUGGGAUCCUGGCAAGAUCGUCACCAGUAACCAUGUGACCAAGAAGUGCCCGGCCAGUGGCAUGUCGGAUCCCAAUAUGUACUUUGAGUUCCUCAACAACCACCCUGAAGCCUUCAACUCCUUUGUCCGUAUCCAGAGUGACGACGGAACCCCCAAAUCCUACAGCGACAUCACCAUCCGCAGUCUCAACACCUACACUUUGGUCAAAGAUGACAAAAACCACUUCUUCGUCCGCGUGGAACUCCGCCCCCUCAAAACCCAGACGCCCUUCCGCGUCGCUGAAGCCGUCGAAAUGGCCGGCAAAGACCCCGACUUCCACAGCCGUGCGCUCUGGGAACAGAUUGCAGAGGGUAACGCCGAGACGGCCAAAUACCAGGAAGAGCUGGACGAUGUGAAAGAGAUUCUCAAAGAAAGAAUCAGCGAUCGACACAGACAGCGGCUGAUGGCCGAUAAGGAGAGACUGGAAAAGGCGAUUGAGAGCUAUGACUGGCCUGCCUGGGGUGUGUUUGCUCACAUUGUCAAGCCUGAAGAGGUGGCCUCUUUCCCCGUCAACAUCUUCGACGCCAGCAAGGUCUUCCCCGCGGAUAAGGGAACGUGGGUUGAGAUGGGCAAGAUCGUGCUCAACCGCAACCCCCGAAACUACUUUGCCGAGGUCGAGCAGUCUGCUUUCUCGCCGGCCAACUUUGUCCCGGGCUGGGAUAUGUCGCCCGAUCCAAUCCUCCAAGCCCGGCUCUUCGCCUACGGCGACACCCAGCGCCACAGACUCGGCCCCAACGCCGACCAGCUCCCCGUGAACCGUCCCAAGCGCGUCUGGUGCCCAACCCGCCGCGACGGUCCCCACUCCACCUUCAACUACGAGGAUAUCCCACACUACCUGUCGAAACCGCUCAAUACCGCCGCUGCCCCGGGCACCAGAACCUUCAAGAGCUUUGUCGGCAACUACUGGGAUGAGAAAGCCCCCAUCAAGACGGAACGCUCCGUCAACGAGUGGGAUACCCUUGAAGACCAGCUGAAGCAGCCGUGGGAGUACUACGCCAACGAUCUGAACGGUGCCCCGCCUCAAGGGGACCAGGAUGCCACUUAUGCUGACAAGGCGAGAAAGCACAAUAUCACGUACAAGCAGUGGGCGUUUGUGUGGAAUACCGCGCUGCGUCUCUCGACUGUCCGUGAGGAUCUGCGCAAUGCCACCUAUGACAAGUUCAGAAUCAUGGACAAGAAGUGGAACAAGAACCGCACCGCCAACCAGAACCUUGGAGACCUCAUCCACGACGUGACCGAGGAGCUGGUCAACAACAACAAGAAGAAGAGCAAGGCUACGGGCACAAAGAGCAGAGCCCCGGCUCCAGAGGUUGCUCCGUCUUUGACCACCGUGGGCAAUGCGUAUGACAGCGUCAGCACCGGUAACAACAGUGCUGGUUAUGGUCAGAGAAGAUAA